AUGAAAGAGGCAGUUCAAGGGAAGCAGCUGGUAUGGCUGGUAACAGGUGCAUCAACAGGUCUUGGUCUUGCCCUUGUCAAGCGCAUCCUGGCUCGAGGCGACUGCGUCAUAGCGACUGCGCGCACACCGUCCAAGUUUGUGGGCCAAAUCGAGGGCCCUCAUGCAGAUCGCCUGUAUACACUUGCCCUGGAUGUUACAUCGUCCUUUGAAGACAUACAGCGGACUAUGGAUAUGGCGGUCCAGAAAUAUGGUCGGGUGGAUGUACUGGUGAACAACGCUGGCACCUCAGACCAAAUUGGUCCCGGAGAAGAGAUCGGAGUAGAUACGUUUCAUAACGUGCUGGACGCGAAUCUCUACGGAGUGGUGAAUUGCACAAAUGCGAUACUCCCACAUAUGCGCGCGAGAAAAGAGGGGACUAUCAUCAUCGUCGGUUCAAGAUCGGCUUAUCGAGCGGAUGCUCCGGGUUUAACUGCUUAUAGCGCGUCGAAAGCCGCCGUACAUGCUUAUGGGGAGACCUUAGCUGUUGAAGUCAAGCCCAUGAACAUUCGCGUCUCCAUUGUCGUCCCUGGUACCUUUAGGACUGAUUUCAACAAGCCUAACGUUGUAUCCCCCAAGAUUGAAGAAUACACGUACUUCCACGAAGCGGCGAGGGAGUUCGUACGCACUAUAAGCGAGAACCCCUUUGCUAGUGAGCCGGAAAAGGGAAUGGAUGUUGUCGUUGAUGUUGUUAGAGGAGAGGGUCGUGCUGCGGGCCGUAGCGGGUGGCCCUUAUGGCUGGUGCUGGGCGACGACUCGCUAAAUGAUGUAAAGAAGAGGCUACAUACUCUGGAGCAAACAUUGGAAUCAUGGGGUGAUCUGGGCGCGGGAUUAUCUUCAGAAAAUAGAGAUGUAGCCACAUCGGCCUAA